CGAAUUUGAGGGAGCCGUUACAAUCUUCACAAGGCAAUGGCAGCGCUGUCCAACAACACGGCAUUAAACAUGAUCCUGGCUAAACUGCUCGAAGACUACGUAGGUCAUGCAAACCACCCUACACCUGCACCAGUUGUUGCAACGAACGACCACAUGGAAGUAGUGUUCAUACUCCUAUGUCUUGGCUUCUUUGGCUUCUUCACAUUAGGAAUCAUGGUUAGCUACAUCCGCUCCAAGAAGCUGGAGCAUUCCAAUGACCCAUACAAUGUAUAUAUCGCCAACGACAUCUGGCGUAAGAAGGACAAAGCCAACUUGCAAGCCAAAGUGGUAGAAAAUUAUAAAUCAUGUUUUGUCUUGGAAAAUGAGCAUGCUGUUGAACAACCUACCAGUCAGAUCCCUGAAGUGAAAUCUUCAUAGCACAUGAGCAGUUAACUGGACAAGUGUCAUCAUGAUGAAUCUUUCAAAAGUGAAAAAGAAAGCUGCACAUGGACUAUCUUGAUCAGAAGCAAAAUGUACAGAAAAAUGUCUGCCUUUCUGUACAAUGGCGUAGCACAGCUUUCCCCCAAUCUGGUGUCCUCCAGAUAUGCUGGACUACAUGCCAGCUAGGAAUGAUGGGAGUUGUAGUCCAACAUUUCCAGAGGGUAUCAGGUUGAGGAAGGAAACCCACGCCUAACAGAGGAAGUGCAUUUUCAGCUUUUGGAAAUCCCAAUGCAUUUUGAUCAACAGCUCAGUAUUGCUGCUGCUGUUUGUAGCUCGAAUGUCAGAUUCUGUCUGCUGAAGGAGACAUCUGCAGGCUAUAAUCUAUUUCAUCCAAAUCUAUUUGUGCAGAAAUGUGAAUUGAUCCUCAUUCCAUAGACCUAUUCUUAAUAUCAAUGGAAAACAGAGUUAUAAUAGCCAAUUGUUUAGUGAGUUUAAUAACAGGCCACAGAUGAUUUCUUGAUCUCACAUGCGUUAGGUAUCUCCAACUCACCAACUCUAAACAAGUUCCUGGUUCAUGAGAGACUUAGAGGAAGACCGAGUCAAUAUAUUGUAAUGCCAGUCAUAUAAUUUCCAUGUGUACAACAGGCCAUCCAAAUUGGUAGGCUACAGCUAAUUCAAAUGGAUGGCUUGGGGCAGUUUUUAAUUUAGGAAACAAUGUGAAAGAGCCAUUAGCAACUUCAAAGAAGGUUUCCUAAAAUGUGAAGUGAGAAAGCAGAAAAACACAACCAUAUCUCUACAUUCUCUGCUAAUAAUGAAGAUUCCUAAACACAGAAGCAGGUGGCAUCCUAGGGGAAAUGAAAUUAG